AUGUGGCAGUUCUCUGCUCUGCUCUUCCUCUUCCUCCCAGGCUGCUGCACUGCUCAGGAUCCAGUCACAGGUCCAGAGGAGGUGAGCGGUCAGGAGCGGGGCUCCUUGACAGUGCAGUGCCGAUAUACCUCAGGCUGGAAGGAUUACAACAAGUACUGGUGCCAAGGAGAUUAUUGGAAAACAUGUGAGAUUCUUGUUGAAACCGAUGGAUCAGAGCAGUUGGAGAAGAAGAACCGUGUGUCCAUCAGGGACGACCAGACAGACUGCAUCUUCACAGUGACCAUGGAGGACCUGAGGAUGAGUGAUGCUGGCAUUUACUGGUGUGGAAUUACAAAAGCUGGAAGGGAUCCCAUGUUUAAAGUUAGUGUGAACAUUGACCCAGAAAUUUCAACUACAGUACUGACGACCGCACCCACAUUUCUGACGUCCACACCAACCAUGGAGGAUAUUGGCAUGGAGAACACUGACAGGGAACAUGAAAUUCAGAGCAGCCCCUUCAUCUGGUCCCUGCUGACCAGCAUCUCCUUCCAGUUUCUGGUCUUUGUGGUGUUCCCCCUGCUCCUGAGCAUGCUCAGUGCUGUCCUCUGGGUGAACAGGCCACAGAGACCCUCUGGGGGAGAUGAAGUUGGCCUAGCGAAGAUCCAUAGUUCUGAUGCCCAGGACAGAGAGGAACAUUUCCCAGGAGAUGGAAAAUGAUCUUGACCCCUCUUCUCUGUCUCUGUCUCUGUCUCUGUCU